UCUCUAACAGCGCCCCCUUGGACAUCCGUUUACACGGGUCUCUAUCUGAUUUGUCUAUAAGCUCGUCCGUUUCUUUUCCGGCGUAUCGAAAUGGGUAUCGAUAUAAACCAUAAACACGAUCGGAAGGUUCGGCGCACAGAACCUAAGUCGCAAGAUGUCUACUUACGACUUCUCGUCAAACUUUACCGUUUUCUGGCAAGACGUACAAAUUCUAAGUUUAAUAAGAUUGUUCUUAAGAGACUUUUUAUGAGUAAAAUACACCGUCCUCCCAUAUCUCUUGCACGUGUUGUUAGGUUUAUGAAGAAACCUGGACGAGAAAAUGCUAUUGCAGUAAUUGUUGGUACAGUGACAGAUGAUGCUAGAAUUUUUGAGAUUCCUAAACUUACAGUUUGUGCUCUACGUGUUACUGAAAGAGCCAGAGCACGUAUAUUAAAAGCUGGAGGCGAAUUGAUCACUUUUGAUCAAUUGGCAUUACGUACACCUAUUGGAGAACGAACAGUUUUAAUGCAAGGUCGUCGUAAAGCUCGUGAAGCAGUGAAACACUUUGGACCUGCACCUGGUGUACCACACUCUCAUACAAAACCAUUAGUACGCUCAAAGGGUCGAAAGUUUGAAAGAGCAAGGGGACGUAGGCGUAGCUGUGGUUAUAAAAAAUAAAUUUUGUUUAUUUGCCAUCAUUUAUUGUACCAUAUCCUUACAUUGACUUGCAAUAUUUAGACAGUUUGUCUAUUUCUAUAUUCUUUCAUAUAGCAAGUGUAGGUGGCUGGAAAAUAAAUGUUGGCUUUAUAACAAUA